UCUGACAGUCUCAGGGUUCACCUCCGAACGGGCAUCACACAACAAACACACACAAUGAACCAACAAACACACUUUGUGACACUGUUGCGUUUGUGGUGCCGUGCGUGACCAACAGCACUGACUUCCGUUUCCUCCUCCUUGUGCAGAGGAGUCAGGAAGACACGUGGGGCAACCAGGAAGUGAUCCAGCUGUUUCCCUGUCAGCGAUGCGUGUGGUGGAACAUCUGGUCUCCAGCCUGGUCCUCGUGUCCGUCUCUGUGCUCGUCCUCGCGGUGGUUCUCGGGUAUUUCUUCCAAGAAGACCCGGAUUCGGGUCAGUUCUCCAGUGCUAACGGAGGAGUUGUGUUUGUUGUGGUGCACAGUAUGGCCGAGGACAUGAAGACCCUGGAGGAGAACUUCCGGCAGCAGAACAGAAGCUGCUUCCUCCUCGGUGCCUCGGGGGAAACCGGCGGUUUGCUGCUUCGAGAGCUUCUGGAGAGAAACGUCUUCUCCAGGAUCACGCUCAUCGGCCGCAGGCAGCUCACCUUCGAGGGCGAAGCCUACAAGAACCUGGUGCAAGAGGUGGUGGACUUUGAGAAGCUUGAGGACUAUGCCGCGGCCUUCCAGGGCCACGAUGUGGGCUACUGCUGUCUGGGAACCACCCGGGCCAAAUCAGGAGCUGAUGGAUUCAUCCGUGUAGAUCACGACUACGUUCUGAAAUCAGCCGAGCUCGCCAAGGCGGGCGGCUGCUCCCAGUUCCACCUGGAGUCGUCCAGAGGGGCCGAUAAAACCAGCAGCCUUCUCUACCUCAAAGUCAAGGGCCAAGUGGAAGCCGAUAUCGAGGCGCUGGGAUUUGAGAGAUGUUCCAUUUACAGACCAGGGGUUUUGUUGGUCGACCGGCAGGAGAGUCGGCCGGGCGAGUGGCUGGCCAGGAAGUUCUUCAGUGCCGUCUCUGCCGUGGUCUCGACGCCCAUGUCCAUCCCGAUCCAGGCGGUGGCCAAGGCCAUGGUGUCCAACACUCUGCGUCAAGCCGAGCAGAAGACGGAGAUCCUGGAGAACAAAGCCAUCGGCGAACUGGGAAAGAGUGCUGGGAAAUAAGAGCGAAGAAGGGAAACCCCACAGAACAUUGCAGCAGACGACAGCUGCUCAGAAAACACCAUCAGGACUUUCUUCAGAUAUUUUGGAUUUUAAAUUAAUUCAUCUCUGAGUUCUGCCGCUCUCAGAAAAAAAAACCAAAAGAUGUUCCUGCGAAUGUUCUUGGGUGUUUAUCUAUUUAUCUGCUAGAUUCUUUAUGGAGGAAAUAACCUGUGGAGGUAGUAAAUUAUUUCAUAGUGAUGAAUUGUAUAUGGGGUUCUUUUAUCGUUAUUAAUAUUGUAAUGUUUUCAUCAGGGAACUAUUGUCAGGCUUUUUGAUGUUCUCCAUUCGCACUGUGAGACGACAGCUUGAAUCACUGCCUUAACAUAACCACUGUGUUUCUUCAACACCAGAGCAAAAUUACACUAACAUCAGGGAAAUGUUUUCAUAAAAGCUUCAGUAUAUAAAAAUAGAAUAGAUAUUAUAUGUACCGUAUAUAAACAAUAUCUUUGCAAUACUUCAUUAAAGAUAAUAUUACCACACAAAUGCCAUGCACUGAGUUUCUUUGAGAGCAGCAACGGAACAAGUUUUGAAUAAACUUUGCUUGUUUUGAAUUGUGUCUCCUUGUUUGUGAAGCCACAUGACCUAACUGGUAAAUAUGAAGUUUUAUUUGGUUGACGAUAAACAACAAUUUAUAUGAAAGUAGGAUUCCUUAAUCAUCUUGGAAUUUAGAAAGCUUUUCUUUAAACCCUUUAUUUAAAAGUCUUAAAUGUUCUGUUUUUAUUACAUUUAUUUUAUUUUGCCUUUUAUUUCUGUUAAAUGUGAUUAUUUGAGACUGAUUUCCUACUUGACAUCGUUUUAAAUGAGGGCAAACUCAGCAAACCUCGAGUAUAAAUAAAGACAUGAAUGAAUG